UGUCACUUUGACUUCCACAGUGAUUAAAUAACGCUUCACUUGGUGAGAUAUUGAUUUUCCCCACACAUAAUGUGGUUAUAAUCAGGUGUCAUGUUAUGGAAGUAGAGUCAUUUGAGAAUGACGAAAUUGCAAGAAUGCUAAAUGAGUGGUUUGUUAGCAUCAAGGUGGAUCGCGAGGAGCGGCCAGAUGUUGACAAGGUGUAUAUGACAUAUGUUCAAGCACUCUAUGGUGGCGGUGGUUGGCCAUUGAGUGUCUUUCUUUCCCCAGAUCUGAAGCCCUUGAUGGGCGGCACCUACUUUCCCCCUGAUGACAAUUAUGGGCGACCUGGAUUCAAAACAGUUCUUAGGAAGGUGAAGGAAGCAUGGGAAAGUAAAAGAGAGGUACUAGAGCAGGGUGGAACACUUGCAAUUGAGCAACUAUCUAAUGCCUUGUCUGCUGCUGCUAGUUCAAAAAGACUCACGGAUCAAAUUUCUCAAGAUGUAGUAAAACUAUGUUCUGAACAGGUUUCAAAAAUCUUAGUCUGAUUUUUAAUAACUGAU